AUGAUCAACAUCAACAACAGCAAGAUUCUCGAUGCUCUGCCGAUAGCAACGACAUUCAUAACGGUACAAACAACACUGACAACAAUAGUUGGCGACGAAAACAGUAGUGCUAUUGUUGGCAACAACUUGUCUCGAGUUGAUAAACCUUCUCAACAAUCCAAUUCAAUGUUACCUGGCCAAAUAGAUCCAUCCCUCUCAUCUCUACCUUUCCAGUUCUUCUUUCAACCAUUCUCUGCUGAUCCUAAUAUUAUUCCUCAAAAUGCGAAUUUGUCACAAUUGUUGCAGCAACUACAACAUCAAUUACAACAACAACUACAACAUUUGCAGCAGCAACAGCAAAAAUCGGAACAGCAACAACAAUUGCAACAGCAGCAACAAUUGCCACAACAACAGCAACAAUUGCAGCAACAUGGUCGGUUCAUUUUUUCCCCUUCCAAUUCCAUUUUCACUUUUCCGCCAAAUGAACUAUUAAACUCGUCUACACAGAAUUUAAAUAGCAUCAACGAUAUCAGUGACAACAACAACACUAUCAGCUAUGACUCUAACGUCAACAUUUGCAACAUCAACAACAACAGUUAUAUCAAUACAUACUUGCAAAACAACAAUCUUAGUGUUACUCACAUUAAUCUCAACAACAGUAACAACAGCAAUGAGAACAUCAACAGCAGCCAACACAAUAACAUCAGCACCAGCCGCAAUAACAACAACAGUUUCAAUAGCAUCAACAACAACGACAACAGUUUCAACAGUAACAACAACAUUAACACUAACCUCAACAACAGUGUCAACAACAGCAUCAUCAACAAUGGUCUCAACCAUACUGUUGACAGCCACAACAGCAGAAACAACAUCAACAACAACAACUUCAACAACAGCAUCAGCAACAACUUCAACAACAGCAGCAGCAUCAACAACAACAACUUCAACAACAACUUCAACAACAACUUCAACAACAACUUCAACAACAGCAUCAACAACAACAUCAACACAUCGAGGGUUUUUUCACCAUUGUUUGCAGCUGACGAUGAUGAAGAUGACGAUGAUGAGGAGGAUGAUGAUGAUAGAGUAAGAAACUCAAAACCUUUCAUUCCCCGUUCAGCGUUCGAACAUGAUGACGUCAACCAACCAACAUCUAACACAACUCAGCUGGCAGCUACACUAAACAAUAGCAGCAGCUGUAGCAGCAGCAUAAGCAGCAUUUACAACAGCAAUUUAAAUAAUGGCGCCCAUAACAACAAAAAAAACAACAGCUACAACAACAACAGCGUUCUGAGUUUGAACUAUAGCAACAGCUUUAUGAAUAACAACUGUUGCAACACUGACAACGAUAACGACGACAACAAAAACAGCAGGACCGCUUGUGGCGACGACAACGAUGAUUCAUCUGUGAAUGGUUCCUUUAACAGUGAGGGUACAGAAUUGGUUGUUGAUGGUUCCAUGUAA